UCCUUCUCUUGUUCUUUAGGACUUAAGUGAGUUUAAAGAGAUGACAACAUGUGUUUUCCCCAGACUCUUGGAUACUAAAUUGAUGGCCAGCACACAACCUUUUAAGGAUAUCAUUAACAACACAUCCCUUGCGGAAUUAGAAAAACGUUUAAAAGAGACACCUUUCAACCCUCCUAAAGUUGAAAGUGCCGAAGGUUUUCCAAGUUAUGACACAGCCUCUGAACAACUCCAUGAGGCAGGCUACGAUGCCUACAUCACAGGGCUGUGCUUCAUCUCCAUGGCCAAUUACCUAGGUUCUUUUCUCAGCCCUCCAAAAAUUCAUGUGUCUGCCAGAUCAAAACUCAUUGAACCUUUUUUUAACAAGUUAUUUCUUAUGAGGGUCAUGGAUAUCCCCUAUCUAAACUUGGAAGGACCAGACUUGCAGCCUAAACGUGAUCAUGUUCUCCAUGUGACGUUCCCCAAAGAAUGGAAAACCAGCGACCUUUACCAGCUUUUCAGUGCCUUUGGUAACAUUCAGAUAUCCUGGAUUGAUGACACAUCAGCAUUUGUUUCCCUUAGCCAGCCCGAGCAAGUAAAGAUUGCUGUCAAUACCAGCAAAUAUGCAGAAAGCUAUCGGAUUCAAACCUAUGCUGAAUAUAUGGGGAAAAAACAGGAAGAGAAGCAGAUCAAAAGAAAGUGGACUGAAGAUGGCUGGAAGGAGGCUGACAGCAAACGGUUAAACCCCCAGUGCAUACCCUACGCCCUGCAGAAUCACUAUUACCGCAACAAUAGUUUUACAGCUCCCAGCACAGUAGGAAAGAGAAAUUUGAGUCCUAGUCAAGAGGAAGCUGGCCUGGAGGACGGAGUGUCGGGGGAGAUUUCCGACGCUGAGCUUGAGCAGACUGACUCCUGUGCAGAGCCCCUCUCAGAGGGAAGGAAAAAGGCCAAGAAAUUAAAAAGAAUGAAGAAGGAACUUUCUCCAGCAGGAAGCAUCUCGAUGAACAGCCCUGCCACACUCUUUGAAGUUCCUGACACAUGGUAACCAGGACCUGAGGGCAGCAAACCGCUGGUGCUGUCGCUGUGAGCAAGAGCCGGCUGGCACAUUUGGAAGCCAUACUGUAUUUAACUUAAUCAAAUGUGGUAUGGGAGGGGUUGGAAACCUAGUUGUCUCCUGGGGGUGGGGGGAACAGGUUUUAUUUUUGUGGCUGUGGUUUUUUUCCCUUUUUAAUCUAACUGCCUGUUAACAUUGACACUCAUCACGGUUGUAGGCUGUCAUGAAUGUGUACGUGCUUAACCAGUGAAUUCCAUGUUGCUUGUGUGAGGCCUUUCCUGUCAUGACCCAGUGUGCUUAAGAACCCGCCUGAUGGGGAGUGUCGGCUGUGAAAUCUGCAGAAAGAGCUGACGUUCCAGCUGCCGUGAUCAUUAAUUUGGGGGUGUACUCCCCUGCCUGUGCAUGUUCUCAUGCUGAGAUUUUGAGGCAGUUGCAGCCCUCAGUUGGUCUCCCAGUGGAGAAAUCAGUUGUGCCUCCCUGCUUCCCACCAUAGAUGCCUGAAAACAUGACAUUCUCACACUUGUCCUUCCAUCAGGAAGAUGUUCACUCACGUCCACCCAUGAGAGGGCUUGCUGUAUGCCCUUGGCCAUUGGGCAUAUUUAUGUAGAGUUCCUUUUUCCUAAGACGUGAGUUUCUCAUGGGGGAUGUACGAGUAAAAGGCUUAACUUAUGUUCUUAUCAUGGCGCUGUGUUUACUUUCCAGAGUCUCUGUUCGUUUGUUUGGAUGGUGGUCUCGGGGUACGGCAGCAUGUAUGCAUACAUGUGUGUGUGCGUGUGUGUGUGUGUGAAAUCGUGCAAAUCUACAACAUGUCCCAGCCCAUUCUCUGUUUAAACAGAUCACAGCAACGACAAACGCUCAUGGCGCUGCUUUGCUUCACCUGCUUCAGAUAGAUCAUUGUUAGAUAUUUCACAUUUUUGUAUGGUGGAAAUAAAAAUGAAAAAUGUAUUUCCAAAAGAUGAAAAUUAAAGACAUUUUCAUAGGA